AUGACUUCACAGCAGCCUUUCCCCGCAGAUGACUUCGGUGUCUACUAUGUCCUUUCAGAGUGCACAGAUCACUAUGACACCGUGCCAGUCAGCAAGGCUGACGAGGACCAGCCCCACCUCCAGGGCGUGACCGGCCUGCGGAACUUGGGCAACACGUGCUACAUGAACGCCAUCCUACAGUGUCUCUGCAGCAUCUCACCGCUGGUGGAAUACUUUCUCUCUGGAAAGUACAUUACUGCUCUUCAAAAGGACUGCAGUAAGGUUGCCACUGCCUUCGCCUACGUCAUGACUGACAUGUGGCUUGGAGACACAGACUGUGUCUCACCAGAAAUAUUUCUCUCAGCUCUUGGCAACCUCUACCCAGCAUUUAUGAAAAAGACACAACAAGAUGCUCAGGAAUUCUUGAUUUAUGUCCUGAAUGAACUUCAUGAAUCUCUGAAAAAGUGCCACCGAAUACGAUCCUGUGAGAAAAGGUCUGUUCCAAGAUGCUGUCGGAAGGCAAUCGCCAGUGAGUCCUCCAUCGUCACCCGGCUCUUUGAAGGGCAGCUCAGCUACAGCGUCAUGUGUUUAAAGUGUGAGAACUGCACCUACAAGAAUGAAGCCUUCACAGUCCUCUCCCUCCCCAUCCCAUCGGAGUACAAGUGCUCUCUUCAGGACUGUCUCCAAUGCUUUUUCCAACAAGACACUCUGACCUUGAACAAUCAAAUUCAUUGUUCCUUUUGUGAAACGAAGCAAGAAACAGUGUUGAGGGCCAGCAUUUCCAAAGCGCCAAAAAUAAUGAUUUUUCACUUAAAAAGGUUUGACAUUCUGGGUAAAAUGAAAAAGAAACUGAGAACAGAUAUUCAUUACCCACUCACUAACUUGGACCUGACUCCUUACAUCUGUCCAAUUUUUCGGAAACACCCUAAGUAUAACCUCUGUGCAGUGGUGAACCACUAUGGUGAUCUGGACGGUGGCCACUACACUGCUUUCUGCAAGAACUCAGUGACCCGAGCCUGGUUCAGCUUUGACGAUACACGAGUCAGUGAGAUUCCAGAUACUUCAGUUCAAACUGCUACAGCCUAUCUCCUGUUCUACAGCUGCCAGCCCUUUUCUAUACCUAUAGAAAAAUGCAUGAGCUAGGAAAUUGGUGUUUCCUGAAAGUUGCAAAACAAGCAAUCAGAAACUACCACUUAAGUUUUGCUUUGUUAUUAAAAUCUUGCAACUUACUUGCAUCACUGUUAUUUUUCUUUCUGGCAUAUGUGCAACCUUAUAUAAGUCAGUCUAUAGUCAAGAAGAUGGGUCCUUGCACAUUGAAAAAGGCAGCAUGAACAUAAUACAAUGCCAAUGGCCAAAGGCUUAGAAAAGCACUACAGAUUAUAUAGUAAAUUCAGGCUUCAAAAUUCAAUGUUUAUUAGGGUAGAUUUUUAUCAAAGUAUCUCAUAAUUAUAUAUAUGUGCAUACAUAUAUCCCACAAAUUAUUUCCCAAAGAUACUUAACAGAACAAAAAUUUUUGUCCAAGUGGCUCUGUGAGCUAAGAAUGUGAUUGAAAACUAACUGAUCAGAUAAUUUAGCCAAGAAACUAUGUCUCUUAGACUAACUGCUGAACAUGAAAAGCUGUCAACUUCAGUUGUCAAAACGCAUCCUUUCAUCUUCUACUUGGGAGUCCACCGAUGGUGACAUCUUUCAGGAGCACCCUUAGAAUCCUUUUACAUGGAGUGUUUUAAUUGAGUUCAUGUGUAGCAACUGAGUCUCUGAGGUAAAUGAUAAACCCUACGCUCUAUUUCUUUUAAUACAUCACUUUGUGAAGAUGUGGUUCAUAAUGCAGUUCAUUUUGCAGUCAUGCCGGUCUCCUAGUCCUUUUUACCUUAAUUGUAAGGUUUCUACUACCCUUGACAGAAUGAGUUUCAGUGCCAUUUCUUACUGUGACUGCCGACUCUGAGAACCAUAAAGUGCUAUAUAUGCAGUCUGGGUCAAGUUGAAGGAAAAG